AUGAUGGAAUAUCCUCCACAAUAUCAGCAACAUACUCAACAUCCUCAUAUGCAAGGCGGUUAUCAAACGUCGCCUCAGAGUGCCGGUCCCGGUUCUCUCCAAUCUCCUUCCGGCCCUCAAUCGCAUAUGCAACAUAACAACCCCAAUCAAGCCUCUCCCAUUCUCCCUUCCCAAACCCAAAACCAUUAUCAACCUCAAUCGGCCGGUGGCGUUCAUCAAUCAAUGGCCUAUCCACAAUAUGGGGUGGGAACUGGGAUGACACAAGGUUAUGGGAUAUCGCCCACUCAGGCUGCGGCGAUGGCUACUGCGGCGGCAUCAGGACAAAUGCCGCCAUUGCCUUCCACAGUUUCCAUGCCGCAGGCGUCUCAAAUGGGUCAACAGAGGCGUAUGAGCCAACAGAUCACCAGCCCUCAUGGUCAAGUCUCUCAGCCGGUCAUGAAUCAUAACAUGCCUAGACAAUCUGUUCCUCCCGCCAUGCCUCCUCCUCAACAACCUGUUCAGGCUCCCCAAGAGGAAAUUGUCGCUGGAGGCGCUGAAGAAUCUCCUCUAUACGUCAAUGCAAAGCAAUUCCACCGCAUUCUCAAACGACGGGUGGCUCGACAGAAACUGGAAGAGCAGUUAAGACUUACCUCCAAGGGUCGGAAGCCUUAUCUGCAUGAAUCCAGACAUAAUCAUGCUAUGCGACGACCUCGUGGACCUGGAGGUCGAUUCUUGACGGCUGAUGAAGUUGCUGCCUUGGAAAAGGGUGAAGGUGGUCAAGGUGGCGAGAAUGGUACCCCGGCUACCAAAAAGACCGAGAAUGCAACUUCCGGCACCAAGAGAAAAGCGGGAGCUGUGGAUAAUGAGACACCCGUGAAAAAAUCCAAGGUUGCUAGCGAGAGUGCAGAGGAAGAAGAUGACGAGGAUGGCGAGGAAGAUCUGGGCUGA